AUGAAGCACCGAACUCCUGACCCGGCAUACAAACCAACCAACGGAGAGCGAGCCUCGAGAACCUGGGGCAUACGCGAAGACAAUCACGGAUCCAAGCACGGAGGCUGGCGAAUUCAUCGCACAAUUCCUACGCAUUGCAAAGACUGUCAGGAAGCCUAUUGUCAGGCUGUUUGGGACCAGCAACUAUGCCACAUGGAAGCUGUUCUAAAGGUAGCUGAAUUGGCGGAUGCUGAAGAUAUUAUCCUAGAGGAGCAGGAGGAUUCGCCACGACCAGAUAAUCCUGACAUUACGAGGUUCUGGAGAGCCAAGAAUAAUUGGCUAUAUGACUUAAUUGACAGUACAAUAACUACGCAAGCUAGAGUCUACUUCAAACAGCCGGGUGGCCUACAAGCUCUGGAAAAUAUGACACGACAGUCUGCUGGCGGAGAGAGGAACUGUAUAGAGAGAUUCCUCGCAAUCCGCAUGGAACUCGAGCGAAUGGGGCUCAAAUACCACGACCAUGCCCUACAUGACAUUCUCAAGGAGAACAUCACGCCUCAAUGGCGAGAAUUCAUACAGAAUACAUACAACAUGGCGUACAACAAAGGAGCGGACUUACAAGGGCACAACCUGGAAGGCCUACUGAAGGGAUAA